GCAAAGUUUGGAUAUAUGUGGACAAAAAUGAAUGAAAGAAUGUUAAUGGAAUUUGUGUAUAAAUUGGAGCCAAAUACUGGCACAUACUUAUAUUGGAGCCAAGUACUACUACUGGCACACGCCUAUUUAUUAUCCAGUUUAAACUCUCCGGAACACUCACUUGUAGCACCACUCAUCUCAGGUUCACGUGAUUAUAUAAGCGUUGACUACAUACAGAUGAAUCACGGAAGUAGUAAUGUUGGUAAUGAAAUAGACGAGAAUGCUUUGGGAAAGAUGGCCUUUUAUAUCUUACGGUCUGUUGACACGACAAGUACAAAGACAGUAGUCUCCAAGAGGAGAAGUCGAUCGAUGACAGAAACUGGUGAUCUUAAUUCCGUUCCAGCCAUCGGGAUCAGGCCGAUCCCAUUUCUUUUUAUCUUCAAAGAUUUAACCCAUGUAUUCAGUAUGGAUCCAAUUGGGCGAGAGAUACUAAGCAUGGCCUUUCCAGCGGCUUUAGCUUUAGCUUCUGAUCCAGUAGCCUCUCUGAUUGACACUGCUUUUAUAGGACGUUUAGGAGCGGUUGAGCUAGCAGCGGUUGGAGUAUCCAUUGCGAUAUUCCAACAAGCUUCUAGAAUCACGAUAUUCCCAAUUGUGAGCGUCACAACUUCCUUUGUGGCUGAGGAAGACACAUUGGAAAAAAUAAAAGAAGAAGAAGAAGAAGCAAACAAAGCCAAGAAUGUUCAUGCAAAUACUUUGGCUAUUCAAGAUUCCUUGGAAAAAGGCGUUACGUCAACCACAAGUAACAACAAAAACCAGCCGCAGCAAACGCCAGUUGACGUGAAACUAACUUCGGAUACAAAGUCAAACAACGGAAACAAAGCAAAUAAGAAAGGAAAGAAGACUAUCAAAUCAGCAUCAACGGCCAUGAUCAUAGGUUUGACCCUAGGCCUUGUGCAAGCUAUUGUCUUGAUUUUCAGCUCGAAGGUGCUUAUAGGCAUCAUGGGAGUUAAACCGAAUUCGGCAGUUUUAUCACCAGCGCAAAAGUACUUGACCAUACGAUCAUUAGGUGCUCCUGCAUUGCUUUUGUCGCUUUCAAUGCAAGGCAUCUUCCGUGGCUUUAAGGACACCAAAACUCCUCUUUAUGCUACUGUUGCAUCAGAUGGUCUCAAUAUCAUUAUCGACCCCAUUUUCAUAUUUGUGCUUCGCCUUGGCGUCAGCGGUGCCGCCAUUGCUCAUGUCAUUUCUCAGUACUUCAUGCUUCUUAUAUUGUUGAUCCGCCUCGCUAAAGAAGUUAAUUUGAUGCCACCAAAAUUUGGCGACCUACAGUUCGGAAAGUUCAUUAGAAAUGGGGGAUUAAUGCUGGCAAGGACCAUAGCUGUGACAUUUUGUCAGACCUUAGCAGCAUCAAUGGCGGCUCGGCUCGGAACGACACCAAUGGCUGCAUUCCAGAUAUGUUUACAAGUCUGGUUAACGUCUUCUAUGCUUGCUGAUGGUCUUGCCGUUGCUGGUCAGGCGAUUCUGGCUUGUAAUUUUGCCGAAAAGGACUACAACAAAGUGACCGCUGCUGCGUCACGUGUUAUACAGAUGAGUUUGGUGUUAGGACUUGGACUGUCCGUUUUUGUCGGACUGGGUCUAUACUUUGGUUCCGGGGUAUUCUCCAAGGAUCCUGCCGUUAUUCACCUCAUAGCCAUUGGAAUACCGUUUGUAGCAGCGACACAGCCAAUAAACUCACUCACUUUUGUAUUGGACGGAGUCAAUUUUGGAGCAUCUGAUUUUGCUUACACUGCAUACUCCAUGGUAGGAGUUGCGGCCGUAAGCAUUGCAGCAGUUAUUUACAUGGCGAAGGUCAAUGGUUUUGUAGGAAUAUGGAUAGCUCUUACGAUCUAUAUGGGUCUCCGUGCUGUUACAGGAAUUGGCAGGAUGGCAACAGGAACCGGACCGUGGAAAUUCUUGCGUGGACGAUCCCCUUCAUCUUCCUAGGACUUUAGUUAUAAUGAGAUGCAUCUUUUUCAUUUUUUUGUUUAUAUAUCUCUUGUGUCUUAUUUUGUUCUCUUAAACAGUCUCAGAUAAAUAGUUGGUUCAAACUUUAUGUGUUUCUGCAUAUUCACGCAUAAAGGAGCCCUGCAGGCUGGGCUAGACAUUUUCUUUGUGGAAAGGUUUGGUUAGGCUAGGUGGUUCAGAAAGUUCCAACGUAUCUUUGGUGUUUACCAGAGAACAAUAAAGAAACUGUUAUUAGUC